AAUUUUUCUUUGUUUUUUGUUCGAAUAAAUUUAUUGCUCCUGAAACUGUGUUCAAGUUAUGCCGACUACCGUCCAAAAUCCGUCCCCAACUGGAUUUCUUCCGCAGAUCCCAUUCAGAAUACCUAAAAGGACUCGCCGCAGCUCUGAAGUUGAUGUCCCUGCAACGAAAAGACCCGCUCCACCGCUCACCUCUUCAACAUCUCUUCCCACUCGCGACUCUUUUUCGAUCAUCGAAACCAGGGAUGUUCAGCUCAACAUGUUCGCCUUAAACAUUUCCGGGAUGCCACGCAAGAUUCAACGUUUCCACGUGGAUACUCUGAUUAAGGGAAAAAACGGAAAGAUUUUCAACGUGAAUCAUGGAGUUUUGGCAAAUUCUGGAGAUAUAAACUCUCACAACAAACGUCUCGCCCAGCAUGCAUUGAUGCAGAAGUUCCACAAAAAACGCCGAGAGCUUUUUGGCCAACACGACUAUCACAUCCUUGCCUACGACUGUGCGAACACCCUGUACCUCCCCGAUGGUGUCUACCUGGGCCGAAAUGAGGAAGAAUGCACGUUCAAGUCCGAUGAUUUUUCACCAGAACAGUGGAAUAUCACUUCAAAAUUGUCUCGCAAAAAAGAUUACACGUAUGUUAUGAAAAUUCGGCCAUCCGGAUUCAUUUACACCAGUGGUGAGGAAGCAUCGGAGGUGGCAAAUCGCAUGGAAUUAACUCGCUGCGUUGAGAUCGUCACUUCCCAGAAGCUCAACAACUCUGAUUACUGUCAAUUUGGAAAUGACACAUUCUCUUUCCGUGCUCAACCAGUCUCCGAACCAGAUGCCACUUCAGAAAUCCGAUCAGGAUUCGCCAAGGUCUCCCGUAUCGUUGAAGGUCGCAACGGGAAGAAUGAGAUGCUCAUGGCAAUUGACACAAAAGCCUCUCCGUUCUAUAAAAGCACCAGUGUCCUGAAUUUUGUGUGCGGAAAAUAUCUGGAGAAGAGGGGAAGCUCACGCAAUGACUAUCGAGGCAGAGGUGACUACAAUCGGAAGAAGACCGGAGGAGGAUCCACUGAUGCUCCGGAUCAUCAGGAUGUUGCAGAAGUUGAGAGAUCACUGGAGUACCGCGAGAACAGACAGCAGAUCGAAGAAGCUCUUAAGGGAUUGCUGGUGUCAGCGGCUCAUUUGAAGAAUUCCACCAAUUUGAUUAUGAUCUCAAGAGUAGCUGAGACAAAUUCUGAAACCACCAAGUUCAUGACGAACAAUGGAGAACGCGAAAUUUCCGUCGCCGAUCACUAUCUUGAAGCCUACAACUACCGACUCAAGUACCCAAAAAUGCCACUGGUGGUCUCGAAACGAUUCAGAGACGAAUGCUUUUAUCCAAUGGAAUUGCUGCAAGUUGCUCCGGGACAGCGCAUCAAAGAUCACAAGAUGAGUGCGGCGGUGCAGAUGGCAAUGAAAGGACAGAAGUCGACGCUUCCCCAGAAACACGUGGAUCUUGUCAAGCACGUUCUCUCCCGUAAUCUGAAACUGGAUAGAAAUCUCUAUAUGGACGCGUUUGGAAUCAAGCUGGAGUCCGCGGAGCUGGUGAAGCUGCAGUCCAAGAUUCUUCCGCCACCACAGAUAAAGUUCAAGGACGAGGUGUACAUGCCGAAGAUGGGCAACCCGGUCUUCCGUACGAAUGGUCGUUUUGUGGAUCCGGCUGAUAUCAAUGCAGUAGCCAUUGUCGUCUUUGAUAGGGCAAUUGACAUGAGACAAGCAGAGAAUUUCUGCGAUCGUCUGAGCUGUUACUGUCGUGAGAAUGGAAUCACCGUCAAAAAAUCUUCGAGAGACUGGCCGAUCCGCGAGAUUAACAGCGAGGACAGCGUCGCAAUCAAGAAUGCAAUGGAAAAGUGGUUCAGCAAAGGAGUGAAUAUUCUGGUUGCAAUUGCCAAAGAGAAGAAGCCCGAUGUUCACGAUGUCUUGAAGUAUUAUGAGGCUUCCGUCGGCUUGCAGACUAUUCAGGUUUGCAAGCAGACCGUCGAUAUGAUGCUGAGCUCCGGAGGCCGUCAAACUGCGGAUAACGUUAUGAGAAAGUUCAAUUUAAAGUGUGGAGGAACGAAUUUCUUUGUCCAAAUUCCAAGAUCUGUCAAUGGAAGGACUGUCUGUGCGGAUGCUCACUUGCUCAAUGAGAAGCUCUUCGAACGUGUCCAGUUCAUCGGAUUCGAUAUCUCACAUGGAGCUUCUCGUACGCUUUUCGACCGUAGCACGGGGAAAAUGGAUGGGGAAGUUUCGAUCGUUGGCGUCUCCUACUCCUUGUCUCACUCGACACAUCUCGGAGGCUUCGCCUACAUGCAGACUCAGAAAGAAUACAAACUGCAGAAGCUCGACGAGGUAUUCCCGAAAUGUGUUGAUUCGUAUCGAAAUCAUACUGGCCGACUUCCUUCAAAAAUCGUCAUCUAUCGAAUCGGAGCUGGAGAGGGAGACUUCAAGCGAGUCAAGGAAGAAGUCGAUAAGAUUCGAGGAACCUUUAAUAGGAUCCAGCCCGACUAUCGUCCGCAGCUCGUCGUCAUCAUUGCUCAGAGAGAUUCUCACGUUCGGGUCUUUCCGGCACACAUAACUGGGUCAAAAGCUGGACAGCAAAAUGUGACGUCUGGAACUUGUGUGGAUAGUGUGAUCACUUCGUUGGGCCAUCAGGAGUUCAUUUUGUCCUCGCAGAUGCCGCUAUUGGGAACCGUCCGUCCUUGCAAGUACACAAUUCUCACCAAUGACCCCAACUGGACCAAGACUGAGAUCACACAUCUCACUUAUUUCCGAGCUUUUGGCCAUCAAGUAUCCUAUCAGCCACCAUCGUUCCCUGAUGUGCUCUACGCCGCUGAGAAUCUCGCCAAGAGAGGAAGAAACAACUACAAAGUUCAUCAACGAUUCGUUAAUUUGCAAGCUGUCGAGCGUAGUGUGAUUGCGGAGAAUUCGGAUCUUGUUAGCGAGGAGAUGCGCGAGCAACUCGCCGCUGCAAUUGUCGAUGAAAUGUCCGCUGCGAUCAAUGGAAUGACCAUCUCGAAAAGGAACUUUUGGGCUUGAACUCUUCAUUUCCCGAUUUUUUUUUUAAUCAAUUUCCUGUCUUUCAUCCCCAACAACUCGUAUGCCAUCUUGAUUUUUUUCUCUUUGAAAAUGUGUUAAUGUGCCCAAAAAUGAAAUUGUAUUGUGUUAAUGCAAGUAAUAUUUUAUUAAAUUUAAUUUCAAUAAUAGAAUAAAUUUUUAGUUUUU